GCUGUCAGGAGGGGCCAGCUUUCCUUCCCUUUCUGGCCGGAGAAAAGAGCCUGGGGAGUCUCCGGGCUCGUUGUUUGUUUCCUGAGAAAAUGGAGUGAAAAAGAAAAAAAUAAAAUUCUUCUAGCGGGGAUUCUCAGGGUUUUUCUUUUGACUUCCUUUUGGGGAAAAUUACAAGCGAAAACGAUCAAAUGGGGGCGAACGCCUCGGACUCAAACUCCGAACACAAAGGCGGCGACAUUUCGAAUUCCAAUUGCGACGCCCAACUUGUGUUGAAUGUUUACGACCUGACACCUCUCAACCAUUACAUCUCCUGGUUCGGUUUCGGCAUCUUCCAUUCGGGUAUUGAAGUCCAUGGCAUGGAAUAUGGAUUUGGAGCCCAUGACUUCCCCAUUAGUGGAGUGUUUGAAGUGGAACCCAAGAGCUGCCCAGGGUUUAUGUUCAGAUGUUCCAUCCCACUGGGUCAUAUAGAUAUGCCUCCCACUGAAUUUCGAAGAUAUAUUGAGAGUAUGGCUUCAGAGUAUCAUGGCAAUACCUAUCAUCUCAUAUCCAAGAACUGCAACCAUUUUACAGAUGACGUUGUGUGGAGACUGACAGGCAAACAUAUCCCUGGAUGGGUGAACCGGUUGGCCAGGCUAGGUGCAUUCUGCAGUUGUCUGCUUCCUGAAAGUCUCCAAGUGACUACUGUCAAACAAUUGCCCGAGUUCCAUGCAUGUGCAGAUGGAAAUGAGUCUUCAUCAACUGCAAGCCUAGAGGCAACGGAAAGUGAUGAUUCAGAGAAGGAUAAGCUCCUAUGCACGCCAACUGCUGGUAGCUCAGAGGUUUCCUUUAUCAAAGAAGUCCAAAGAUGAUGGAUACUUUAUCUGUCUUCUUCAAAUCAAUCUCUUUGGGUGGUGGAAGAAUGGAAAUUCUUUGCUUCACAGAUCUUGUUCCUCCCAUGGAAGGUGGCUCUAAGGCAAAUAUCUGCUCGCCAUUUUGACGGCAAGUUGCCACUCAUCCUCAUCAUCUCUUCUCACUGCUUCUAUGCGUGAUUGUUUGUCUGUUUUGCAGUAGUUUUUCCGGAAUUUCUUCUUCUUCUUCUUCAGGCCGCCUUCUCUGCUCUGUUUGUUGUAUCUUUAUAUAAAUGGAAAGUUGGGUGAACGAUGUGGACAUGGAAAGAAGUGGGUUGUGCUGAAGAUUUGUACAAAAUACUCUAUUAAUCUCUCUGUACUGGCAGCUUUUGAUUAAUGUUUCUAGGGUGAGAAAUGGGUUUCAAGAUUUUGUUUGUA